CUUGAAGUUAUGAGUUUGCAUUUUAAUUUAGAAUCUUAUUGUGUUCUUCUUUGUUUAAAUUCAUGCAGAAUUUUCAUUCCAAAUUCAAAUAAAUAAAAUUCCAUCUUCGUAUUCAAAUUCAUCAGCUGAUCGAAAUUGUUCAAAAAGAGGUGAAUGUUAGAUAACGUGACGUCAUGAACUUGUAUGUUAAGUGUAUCCCAACACACACAAAAACACAGAAGUAAUUAUUUGUUUUCAUUUUCGGAAUUUGUACUUGAAUCAUUGUAAUCACAAAGGAAAUAGCAAUGACUUGAUUUCAAAUCGAAAGUGUCUACGAAUGUAAUUAUCGUGAAAUAAUACAGAGAUGAUGAUGCCACCAAGACGACAUCGUAUGACAUACGUUAGCCCCUGCGUAAAAUACAUGAUAUUUUUACUGAAUUUUAUAUUAUGGCUUUUUGGGUGUAUGCUUAUGGGAAUAGGAGUAUAUGCAUUCCACGAUAAAUGGCAAGCAACUGGAGUUCGAGUCGAAACGAUCUUGGAUAUUAUUCUGAAUAUUUCAUUAGUUUUAAUCAUUCUUGGAGGAAUUGUAUUCAUCGUUAGUUUCGCUGGGUUCAUCGGAGCCCUAAGAGAAAACACUUGUUUGCUAAAAUUCUACUCGUUAUCGUUGUUGAUAUUUUUUCUAUUGGAAAUGGCGGUUGCUGUUGUUGGAUUUGUUUUUCCCCACGCUAUGCAAUCCACAUUAGAAGAAUCGUUCACCGAUAAAAUCAUACAUUCCUACAGAGACGAUGCUGAUUUACAAAAUCUAAUAGAUUUCGCUCAGCAAGAGUUUCAGUGCUGCGGACUUAGUUCUGAUGGGUAUACAGAUUGGUCGAAAAACGAGUAUUUCAAUUGCAGUUCUCCCAGCGCUGAAAAAUGUGGAGUACCUUUUUCAUGCUGUAUCAAUGCCACUGAAAUUACAGGUAAUUUAAUAAACAUUAUGUGUGGAUACGGUGCACAAGAAUUACCGGUCGCUGAAGCUAGUAAAAAAGUUUGGACCAGCGGAUGCAUAGAAGUAGUCCGAUUAUGGGCCGAGAGAAAUUUAUAUACCAUUGGAGCUGUUGCACUUGGAGUAGCUUUAUCUCAACUUUUAAUUAUAAACUUGGCGAAGACAUUGGAAGGCCAAAUUGAACUUCAAAAAUCCGGAUGGUCAUGAAAUAUAGCCGCCUACCGUGCGGCACUAUUUGAUGGGUAUGGAGUUUUAUAAAAAUACAGUCCGAUUCAGUGCUCAAUGGUAGGCUAACUCUAUCGAAAGGGACCAUUUCAUCUGACGUAUUUUAUAACAUCACGAGUAUAAAUAAUUGAGCUGAUUACAUUACAUUGAAAUUUACCGAUAUUUAAAAUUAAUUUGUGAUUUAUUUAUUUACUAUACUUGAGGUAUAAUUUGACUACGAUUUUUCAAUUCCAUUCAGUACAAAAAAAUGGUUCACACGGUUUGUGAUCAUUGAAAUGCUUCUUUGUGUAUAAUUUUUCCAAUGCUAUCACUGCUUAUGUUGAAGGCCCUCGAAAUAUAAUUAAUUUAUUUUAAAAUCGCUCGAUAUCUUCCAAAUAUAACUACUUGUAAAAUAACCGUCUUCCAGGAGAUUGGUCAAGUAGAAGAUCUGGAGCGUUGUUUAAAAAGACACCUACCUACGUAUGUUGUGUUCAUUUUUCUGCCCUCGUUUUUUUCCAUGUCAUUUAAAAUUUUACCUUCAACGUAAUAAUUUCAGUGUGAUUUUUUAUGUUUUAUGUGAUCGAUUGAAUUUUUCGCUUUGUAUAUAUGUCGAUUAUGUGUUCUAUAUACGUACUUUUUUUUAAAUUGUUUUUUUUUCUUUUCUUUUUUUCAUUUAUUUUUGUCUAUUCAUUUAUUUGUUUAUUUAUUUAAUCAUUGAAAAGUCAUUGUAUAUUGCUAGAUAAUUGUACUGGUUGACGUAUUACUCUUCCCUGUAAUUUAUAUCUAAAUCUGUGAUUUAGUUUCGUAAUUUAUAUACAAUAUUGAAUGCUUCUUUUUUGACCAUCUUUCGAAUUUUUUUUAUUUACAGCUACUUAAAAGUAGUUGUUCGAACGAUGGCCAAGUGCAUAUUGUAGUAUACAUACAUAUUUACUUGAACGUUUUUUAUAUCGAAAUAAUGUAAUUAAAAAUUUUAUAUUGUUUUUUUCA